UAGGUAGGUAGUAUACUCCGGAGAUUAAUCGUCCCGGUUCAAAAAAUUACAUUAAUUCCCCACACGUCUAUAAGCUACAGUGAUUUAUAAUUGGCUGCCGCAAUUACGGGUUACGGGUAGUCUGUUUGUGUGAGCGUCCAGAGCGCACGCGCCGCGAAUUCAGUGAAAGUAAAUUGCAUAAAACAAUACAUAAAUAAAACGAUUAAUAUCGAUACGUUAUAGGUUAUCCAUUUUAAGGAAUAUAGCGGUCAGGUUGUUAUUGUACUGAAGCGGCCAUGCCGUUCAUUGACAUCGCCUUCCAAGCCGAACUAAGCCGAUACGAAGACCCGGAGUUUGAAGAGUACGCCAAGAAGAAUUGUAACGAAUUCCCUGACACUAGGCAUAAAGUAAUCGAGGAGCUACGCCGCAUGGUCCGCGAACGAGGUGAAUGUAUCCCUCGGCGCGUUGACGACGCAUACUGUCUCAGAUUUCUUCGAUGUCGGCGGUUUAUUCCUGCGUUAGCUCACAAAUUGAUGGUGCGUUACGAAGACUUUCGCCAAAAAAACGCGUACCUGUACAACUGUGACCCGUUUGGACUACAACGAGUUAAAAACGUCUACGGAGGUACUUUACCCGAAAGUCCGGAAAAUGGAAGAAUAGUUCUUAUGAGGUUCGGACGCUGGGAUCCCAGUGCUGUGCCGAUCGAAGACGUGGUUCGUUGCGCCCUGUUCAUGGAUGAAAUUGCUGUGAUGCAGCCAAAACUACAGAUCCUGGGCGUGACCAUCAUCGUAGACCUCGAUGGGUUGAGCAUCAGACACGUGAGGCAUUUGACUCCGACAGUUGCCUACCAGAUUGUCAGUCUUAUGGGAGUUUCAUUCCCGUUGGCGAUGCACGGCCUCCACAUCAUAAACUACAACUGGAUCUUGAAUUCUGUGUUCUAUUUGUUUAAACAAUUUAUACCGGCUGCAGUAUGGAGCCGCCUGCAUUUUCACGGCUCGAACAUGGAAUCACUCCACAAGUUCAUACAGCCCCAGUACUUGCCACCCGAGUAUGGGGGCAGUUGCAGACACAUCAUCUCGACUGAAGAAUGGAUCGCUAAGAUCUAUAGAUACAAAGAUGAUUUCCUGAUAGAAGAAUUAAGAGAUUUAGGUUUUUACGUUACAUAGAAUAGAUUUUUUUUAUUAAACAUGUAAAAAAUCUUUUUAAGCAUCUCUUAAAGACUGAAUUUGUAAUUUUCUAUAAAAUAUAGAUUGGUUAUUUUGGUUUGUUCAUAAUUGUAUUUAUAACAAGUCUUUUAUUUACUAUCUUUGAGAUAAGGUAGGUAUGUACACAAGUAAGAAUUCGACUAAUGUACCACUUUCAUAUCUCGACAAGUAUUCAUUUUAAAAUAUAUGUAGGUACCACUGUCUUUGCGCCUAUUCUAGAUAUUAGAGACUGACUUAAUAUAUUAUUUAAUGUUAUCGGUUGAAUAAAGAUAUCGAUUUAUUAUUUAACCUUCGAAUUGAACGUAAGAAAUUGUAAUCACUUCAUUGUAGAUACAUAAGCGAUCAUUUUUAUGAAUAAAAUUAAAAUGUACCUAGAAAUUUGUAACCUGAUGCACGACGAAAAA